AUGGUUAAGCUUCCUGUUUCGCUUGCCGCCACGGCCGUCAUUGUCUCGUUUGUCGAGGCGAAUUUGCAUAACUGCGAUGCCGGCCAAUUAUACUGUGGCUCUUCUCUUCAGAAUUGGUACUUUGGAUAUGCCGAAAGUACAGUCGAAGGCGCUCUCUGCGUUGCUGGACAGCCUCAAACUGGAACCCAUCUUGAAAACUCUUUGUUCAUUUGCCAACCUGAUGCUGGCGUUGUGUGGCUCGACAUCUGCGAGCAGGGCUGUAUUGCUGGAACCAACGGUGCCAAUGAUACAUGCAACAACUAG